AUGACGACAGUUCAAGAACGCAGGUCCAUCGAGAAGGUGCCCGUAAGCGAGAAGGUGCUGGUGCGGGAUGAAGAGAAGGACGCGUUGGAUGCCACGACCACCGUCUCCGCGGACAGCAUCGACGGUGACGAGGCGCUCCAGCUCGUGGGCAAAGAACGUUCGGCGCAGUUUAGCGAGGAGUACUAUGCGAAGCUGCGGAGGAAGCUGGAUUGGAUGAUCCCCCCUCUGUGCGCCGCCGUGUACUUUACGCAGUUCUUGGAUAAGACGUCGCUUAACUAUGCGAGUAUCAUGGGCUUCCCGAUCACGGGGCAGCAUUACAACCUGGUAUCGCUGGCUUUUUAUGUCGGAUUUCUCGCAUGGGAGUUCCCUACAGUCUACAUCUCCCAGAAGUUGAGGGUUGCGAAGUACCUCGGCGCAAACAUCAUUAUCUGGGGCAUCAUUCUGAUGUGCCAUGCUGCUGCUCAGUCAUUCGGCGCCUUCUUCGCUCUUCGUGUCCUUCUUGGCAUGUGUGAGAGCUGUGUCGCGCCAAUUCUCAUUCUGCUCAUCACCAUGUUCUACAAGAAAGAUGAGCAGGGAGUACGGAUUUCGUGGUUCUACGUGAUGAACGGCCUCACCGGCGUCUUCGGUGGCUUCGUCGCCUACGGCAUAUCCUUCGACGACGGUCAUCUUUUGGCACCCUAUAAGAUCAUCUACCUUCUCCUAGGAGGCCUCGCCAUCAUUGUCGGCGUCUGCGUUGUCAUUUGGCUUCCCGAUUCGCCCGUCCAUGCGUGGCAACUCACCAAAGAGGAGCGGAUCGCUUGUUUGGAGCGCGUGCGCGAUGAUCAGAGUGGUAUGGAGAACAGGCACUGGAAAAAGGACCAGAUUAUCGAAGCUGUCACCGAUGUCCGCACUUGGCUCAUUGCCUUGACCACGUUGUUGACAAGCAUUCCGAAUGGCGCCUUGAGUAACUUCAGCAACAUCAUCAUCAAGAGUUUUGGGUACACAUCGAAGCAGACUCUCAUCCUUUCGACACCGAGUGGCAUUGUCGCGGCCUUCACGACGUUGGCUUGUGGCUGGUACUCCGAUAGGAAGAAAGACCGCAUGAUCGUAAUCGUGGCGUGCCUUAUCCCCACCAUCAUAGGCUCAGCAAUGCUUAUCGGACUGAACGACUCUGGGAAUAAGGGUGCUCUGUUAUUUGCGUCAUACCUCAUUGGUACUUUCGGCACUGCACUUUCCGCCGUGUACGCCUGGAACGCGAGCAACACUAGCGGGCACACCAAGAAGAACACUAUCAAUGCGAUUACACUCUCGACGUUCAGUGUCGGCAACAUCAUUGGCACGGAGAUUUUCCAGCCCAAGGAUGCUCCAGGCUACAUACCCGGCAAAAUAGCGAUCAUGGUCCUUCUCUCAGCGCAGCUCUUCGUCUCGUUCUUGCUCCGCUACAUCAACCAACGUCUUAACAAGCAGAAAAUGGCAGCAUUGGAGGCAGAGAAGGCUAAGCGUGGAUGGACUGACGAGGACGUCCAGAGAGAGCGGGAACGGCAUGCCUUCGUGGAUCUCACGGAUAAGCAGAACCCCUACUUCGUUUACACGAGCUAA